GGGAACGAGCGAAGCCAAAACUCUCCACACCACAUCACUUUCCCAACACCCGACAUGCAAGACGACAAAUCAAGCACGCCUCUACCGUCUCGCGCUCUGGAGCGUCUGGAUCGAAGUGCAAGCCACAGGUUCAAAGUACCCAUCAAAUGUAUCAACGAUGGAGACCAUGUGUCAUUCUUUCUUUCCAGCAAGGCCUAUACCGACAUCAUGACGUUCAUUUUCCAGCUGAACGUAGCCAUGCUACCUCGUAAGACGGAAGGGGAAACAUCCGGGGUUGCCAGCGCUAAGGAAUGGACGCUGCAGGAUCCCGAUGUGCCUUUCCCACCCACUGUACAGAAUCUCGCCAAGCUUCUGGAGGCUCUGUCACGUAUAAUCGACGAAGCACCCCCGGAUCCUGGUCCACGUCGAUUCGGCAACGUGAGCUUUCGGAAAUGGUCUGAUAUAGUAAGAGAGCGUGUCUCGGAUCUUUUGGAUCAGUAUCUGCCUGCGGAGGCGCUCGGAUCGUUCAAGGAUUCAUCUGAAGGAGACGUCACUGCCAAGCAAGAGAUUGAGACCUAUCUCAUCGGAAGUUUUGGUAGCUCGCAGAGGCUCGACUACGGGUCGGGGCACGAAUUGAGCUUCUUGGCAUUCUUGGGAUGCUUGUGGAAGCUGGGCGCAUUUCCUCCGGGCACAGACGGCGCGACCGAGCGAGCUAUCGUAUUGGGUAUAUUCGAACCAUACCUUCAGCUGAUACGGCGUCUGAUCUUGACAUAUACUCUCGAGCCUGCAGGAUCUCACGGGGUGUGGGGUCUGGACGACCAUUCCUUCUUGCCCUAUAUCUUCGGUUCUGCGCAGUUCUCACCUGCGGUAUCGUCUCCUGAUGAAUUCAGAAUGGAGGGGUCUCUCCCGUCCGCUCCUGACCCAGGAGAUGUAGCCAAGGCGACAGCCGUCGAACGCGAGCGCAACCGCAACAUGUACUUCAGCGCGAUUGGAUUCAUUUACGACGUCAAAAGGGGGCCAUUCUGGGAGCAUAGCCCCAUCCUGUUUGACGUAUCUGGAGUCAAAGCGGGAUGGGCAAAGAUCAACAAGGGCAUGAUCAAGAUGUACAACGCAGAGGUGCUGUCUAAAUUCCCGGUCGUUCAGCACUUCCCCUUUGGUUCACUAUUUGUGUGGGAACGUGAUCCCUUGGCCAGCGAGAUCCAAGCGAGUGUUCACACUUCAUCACAGCCAAAAUCAAACGCGCCUUCUGUACGCCCCCAACCGGCAAUGCGAGACCCCCUCGCCGAUGGCAAUCCGCAGACUACAAAGAUGCCCUCGAGCGGCACCGCGGCACCAUGGGCUUCGUCGCGCAUUCCAUCGCGCGCACAGGGGCCAGGUGUUCCCGCUGGGCCCAAUCAACCCACAAGAGCACCGUGGGCGUCGGCGACGCCUCUCCCUCCAUCAGGGGGCACGACGACUACUACGCCAUGGGCUAGGCCGGGAGCAGCCGCUUCGUCGACGACGCGGGGUACAGUCCCAAGCACACGGGCCCCAUGGGCGGACAGGGAGCCGCAGAACUAGACUCUCGAAGCUGGUCUUUGAUGACGAUGAUAUGCUGACGACUAACGAGGGAUGGCCGCAUGAGGCGGAGAUCGGAGCAUUGAAUGGUCGGCGGGCACGAUGCUGGCGGCUGACGGAAUUACAGAAGGCGACAGUGUAGACGCGGGAAUGCACAUGACGAUAUAUUGAGCGCUGCGUAUCCCCUCGAUCGGAGAUGCAAAGAGGCAGUGCAGUUAUCAAGCAAAUGAAUCCACUAGCGUGGCCUGGUACAAGAU